UACAUUCUCUAAUUAGAUGAACGAAUUUACUGGGCAUCAUGAACAGCCGCUUGCUUACUUACUAACAAACAGCCAUGCGGCUGUCUCAGCCUAAUCCUCAGCCCGCCUACCUCACUGUAAUCUGAUUAGCAGUGGAGUCUGCCAGCAUGCGCCUGAGUGUGUCCAUUUAUAGCCAGACCUUCAUGCAUUUGUGUACUUAUGUGACUCAAGACAACAAGGUUUGGCGGGAACACAAACCCAGUUUUAGACCGUUACACUUCCUGGCUCCUUGGCUCCGUCAUGGUCACCAGCUCUACCCACAAUGCCUGUGUUUUACUCACCUGUUCCCGAGAACCUGCAGAUGGGUCUGGCCUAUAUGGGAGGCUCUGUGUUCACCAACAACAGGACAGCAGACAGUGACUUCACCAGGGAGCAGGAGGACGCGUCUGUGGUCAACGAGCUGGUUUCUCACCUUCCCCUGCAGAUGCUUCUUUACUUCAACAUGUUUUAUUUUCCGUGUUGGUGGUUUUCUGCUGUUUUCAUGUUGGAAGUCAAGUUCUAUUAUCUUCCCGGGUACUACCAGGCUCUGCUUAUAACCGGGAUGAUCCUCCUCACAGUCAUUGAAGCGGUCCGACUUUAUCUGGGCUACAUUGGCAACCUUAGAGAAAAGGUGCCAGAGCUGGCAGCCUUCUGGCUCCUGUCUUUCAUGUUUCAGCUGCCAGUGCUGCUGUUCUUCUUGACCGAUGAAGGAAUUAUCAUCCUGCCUCUGGAGAGAGCUGUGCAUUCCCUCUACCUCCUCUUCCUGCUCGCCCAGAUCCUGGCCUCAUUCCUGGCGCUCAGGACCAUGACCCGAAAGCUCACACUGCUCUUCCAUCUGCGCCAGUUUGGCAAGGUGGAGAGCAUCCGCCACGCAGGGCUGAGCCCUGUCUACGGGCUGCCCCACCACCGCAGUGUGCUGCCCAUGUCACCCACCCAUAAUAUGUACCAUUAAAGUCAAAAUUUCCUUUUCCAAUUAA